AUACAUAUCAACAGGUCAUUUGACUGAGAGAAUAUCAGUAUGCUUGCCAUACGCACACGCGUCAUCGUCAAGCCCUGUCUCACUCUCUCUCUAGAGAGUCCCCCUUUCUCUCUAACACCAAAUUCCAAACCCUAGCCCCAAAAUUUACUCUGAAAGACUACAAAAUUUCUCACAUGAAAUUCCAGCAUCGCGCAAGCCCUGGAUUCCCAAUCAAAUCGUCGAUCCAAAUAAAUCGAAGCUUAGUUUGAUGGCUAUUAUCAAAUUAUCAUACUCUCCUAAACUCUAGUAAUUCUCUUUCUCCGUGUCUGUCUCAGCUUAGAAAUCUAUGGAGGGCUCUGUGGUGGAGGAUCUCGGAACCCCCGUGUCCUGGGAGGUGGCCGAUUUGGAGGAAACGAUGAGCCGUUUUAUGCUCAAGGAUUCGAAGAAAGACUCUGAACAACCCCCUCAAGAGCUCUUCCCCGAUGUUUCUGUUCAUUCGGGGUCGGUGUCGGGUUAUGGGUCGAUAUAUUCCAGUACCGGAAAUGGUGAGAAAGUGUCGGACGAUAUAAUUGAUCAGGUCGAUCAGUUCCUCCGUGAAGCCUUGCAGAACCCUCGUGAGCGGCUCUCCAUUCUGAGGAUGGAGCAAGAUGUUGAAAAGUUUAUCCGUGAUCCUACACAGCAGCAAUUAGAAUUUCAGCAGUUGCCCACUUCAUAUUUACGGUUGGCUGCGCACCGUGUAGCACAGCAUUACUCGCUUCAAUCAAUGGUGUUGUUAGACAAUAAUGUACCCGAUGCAUCUGGUUCCAGAAUUAUUGUUCGCAAGACUUCUGAGUGUAGGUUGCCUUUGAUCCGCCUUGCAGACAUCCCUGUAAAUUUGCCAUCAGAAGACAGUGGAGUUGUUAAAGUUGCAAUUAAACAAAGACCACAGAAGAGGCCACAAACUGUCAAUAAUUCAAAUUCAAAUUCCAUGAAGAAAAAUAGUUCCAAAAGUGUAGAGGAAAGAAAAGAGGAGUACAACAGGGCACGUGCACGAAUAUUUAACUCUAGUGGUUUUAACAGUGGUGCUAGUGGGAAACCAGAAGGUGAACCAAGAUUGCAAGAUGGGUCUCACCAUGGUUUAUUGGGUAUGUUGAAGACAGAGGAAAAACCUGUUUCUGGAAUUUCAGAUAUAAAUUCUGGUAGAGGUUCUAUUGAAUCUUCUACAAGUAGCAGUAGAUCUGCUAGAACUAGGACAGAGAAGGAGCCAAGUAGUAGGUACAAACCGAAUAAUAGGGUGGCCAUCUUUCGAGACCGUGAAGUUGAUAGGAAAGAUCCAGACUAUGACAGGAGCUAUGAUAGGUAUAUGCAAAGAUUUGAUCCUGGAUUUGGAUUCAACGGAGGACCUUACACCAUGCGGCCAAUGUACACUCCUGCAUUGAACUACAACACUGAAUUUCCACAACUUGGUUCCAGCCAUAGGCCACAAAUAUCCCCAGAACAUCAACCUCUACCUCUCCCUCAACAUUUACGUGGGCCAUGGGCUUCCCCAUCGACUCCUGCUGGAAUUGGAUAUGGUCAUCCAGAAACAAUGAUGCCACCAUUCAACCAAAAUCAUGUCGGUGCACACCCCUCUUCUGCCAUUUAUUUACAUUCCUCUCAGUAUCCAUGUCAGUGCCCGGGAAUGCCUUUUAUCCAACCUUUUUCACAGUCUCAUCAACAGCAACCUGAUGCAAGUUUUGGUUUAGCCCGGCCCCGAUGAGGGGCUUGGGCCAUGCCUGCACCCUGGCCGCUGGGACCUGGGCUUGGAAUAUUUUAUGGGCUGAUGAUACAGCUUCAUUAUCAUAUCUCAGCUUGCAGGAGUGCAGGCACAAGGAACUGAGGUGGGAGGCAAUGGGCAUUUGUGUUCUGAUCCAUUCCUUCACUCAGAGUAUCAGUUGAAGCUUCUUCCACUUGUGAUGAAUGAUGUAGAAGCUCAAAGGCUGGGUGGAUCAUUAGUGUGCAUGGGUGAACCCUGAUUUGACACUGAUGAUGAUGAAGAAUAUCACAAAAAGAAUCAUUAUAGAUGGAAAUGUGCAUGCUCUUUGUGGACAAAGCACCAAAAAGAGCUAAAAGGAAAAAUUUUGGAAGGUUAUUUGUGUUCAAGCUGGUGUUUUGCAUUUAGCUUGUGGCAGCUUGGUUGUGCAGCCGAUUCCCUGUAGAAAACUCUGAUGUCUGAUCACUGCUUACUAUAUGCUUUUUUUACUAUAAUCUUUCUAGUAGAAACAAUGAAGCGGAUCUCAUCAUGUAUCAUCAGGAUAUAUCUUCUGGACUUCAGUGGGAUGAUUACAUCACUAUAUACAAUUUGACAAGUCACUUGUUAACAAUUGCUGAUUUCUGAAGAUAUUGAUUAUGAUUUUCUGCUAUAAAGUUUUACUUUCCUAGGUAGAUGUGUCAAAAAUUGCCUCUGUUGUUGCUUAAGAAACCGUUUGUGGUUUUAAUUAGUUCCUUGGGCUUUUAUCAAUUUGGCAUGCUGAGGAUCCAAUGUUUAUGAUGUUGACUGUCUUUCCAUAAUUCUACUUCGCUCCAUCGCCUGGCAAGGUUGUAAUCCGGGAUGGGGGCAUAGUGAAGGGUUAUUAAUGGUAAAAUCUGUGGUGGAUUUUUUUUUCUA